AACUGUGACUAGAUGUCUAUCUAUGUAUGAUAUCCAAUGGUAAAAAAAAAGCAGAACUGCCGUGCGUCGUUUCAAAGCACCACGUAACUGUUAGUAGAUCCCUUACUCGGUCAACCAAUAGCUUAGCUGCGUAAAAUGUCGACACCCGCUUCCCUUGUGCCACACAAUGUGCUUCUGUCGAGUAGCUAACUGGCUACAUGUCUUUAUUUUGUGACGAUAACAGUCAUUUGCAAAAAAUAACUUUCGCAUAUAUAACUCGUCACUGGGUUAGUUAGUUAGUUAGUUAGGUAGUAAACGUCCGACGGGACAGGAGUCCACAGUGGGUGUCGGCGCACCAAGUGGCAGCCUCGCCUAUACGAGCAUGGAGUCGACGUCUGAACACCUGGACGAAAACGUCGAAAGGAUUGUUAACGGAGAGGGGCUGGAGGUCACGGCGUUGGAUGCGGCGUCUGAGCAGGCGAAGGCCGUCACCCUGAGGAAGACGGUCUGCUACAUUGUGAGCGCUGUCAUCUUCAACACUAAGGGGGAGGUGCUGAUGGUGCAGGAGGUGAAGAGGGAGUGUUAUGGUCACUGGUACCUCCCUGCGGGGCGCAUGGAGGCGGGGGAGAGCAUCAUCGAGGCUCUACAGAGGGAGGUCAGAGAAGAAGCCGGAGUGGACUGUCGGCCAAUCACACUGCUGCUCGUGCAGGAACGUGGGCCACGGUGGAUCCGAUUUGCCUUUCUUGCCGAGGUGACAGGGGGCAAUCUAAAGACAACUGCCGAGGCCGACUUUGAGUCGCUUCAGGCGCAGUGGUGGGACCGAGAGGCUCCUCUUCCUCUCCGUAGCCAGGACAUCCUUGCGCUUAUAGACGCUGGCAUAAAAUAUCGUCAGAGGCCUUGGUUUCCCAUAUCCCUCCCCACCAACCUGCCCUGCCAUGUUGUCUGUCAGAGGCUGCUGUUCACCUUCACGAGUGCCGGUACCAGCCCUGGAGACAAUGACGAAGAACGUCUGUGGCUGCUGCUAGGCAACCAUGCUGGUGACGGUGAGACAGAGACGCGCCCCCACCUUCCCAUAGUGGUCACAGCAAAAACGCACACUUUCGCGUGGGCGGGGCUCAAACUCCUUCAGGAGUGCCUGCCCUCGUCCUGCCUCAUGCUAACUGCUAACAUCCGUGGGGUGCUAGGUGUGCAGCACAGUGGAAGAGUCCCCGGCGAGAUGGACGGGAUCUGCUUCAACACUCUUGCAACGCUGGAACACUUGGAGGAGGGUGCUAAUCUCAUUGGCCCACCACCAUUGGAGAGUGAGAGUUAUAGAUGGCAUGAAGUGACCAAUCAGAGCCUGAGGACAAAGAUACUGCAGAGGAUAAAAGAUAUGUCACUCUUGCCUGUGCACAGCCUUUAAUGAUUUGAGGUUUUAUUUAAAUGCACUAAGGUACUUUACAGAGGAAACUGGACUAUAGUAGCAGUUAGUCUAAGGUAACACCUUUAAGAUGCAAUGCUCUCUAAAACGCUCGAGCCUGCUAUAUACAUUAACUUGAAAUGGCUUUAUGGAUGUUGUAGAACAAUAUGAUGUGUAAGUUUUAAUAAUAAUAUAAUUCCAUUAAGUAAUUACUUCCACACGACAGUUCAGCCUGCUGGUCCAAUAUGUGUGAUCUGUACAGACAGAGGAUAAAUGUAGAAUGACAGGUGGUCUCAUGAAGAACAGGUAAAUAAACAUGUAACGUGUACAGCAUGGCAUGUAGGGAAGAAUCUGUAUAUUUUGGCUACUUAAUGUAAAAAGUUUACGAAGCAGAGGUACUGUUUUAUUUACCAAGGUGGAACUGAGACUAUACUGAGAGAAGAACUGCAUAGUUUAUACCAAAUGCAUUUGCUUUAAUAAAUCUCUGGUUGAACUCAAAAAGAUCAGCAAAUACUGAAAUGAAUGCCAUGUGUUUAUAGCAUGAGAUUUAAAAAAAAGAAUUUUUGAAAUGUAUUUAUUGAUUUACUGAUGACAGAAAAGCAGGGUUUUUUUUACUAGGGAGAUGCCUUGUAUCAAGAGUCACACCACUCAUUUUAUAAUAAAACCUUUUAGUGAUGCAGGUUCAUUUGAUCAUGUUCCAUAUUUACACCUUUAAUAAACUGCCACAUUCUUUUCCAUAGAAAACAAAUUCAUCGGAGAAAAGUGGUGAUUAAAUAAGAGAAUUCAGACCUAUACUCCACACAACACACACAAAUGUUUUUGCACACCCCUUGCCUUUUGGUUCAAUUUGUGCAAUUAAAAUACACAUAGUUGCAUGUCCAUAUACAAAUUAUCACUUAUAAGAAAGGUGAUAGAUAAAAGAUAAAUAUAUCUCUUUACAUACUAAUUUUACAUAUAAUAAUGCAAGAGUGGAGGACAGGAAGGAGUCCGGUUUCAUUUUAAGUUAAUUUUUAAAAUUGCAUCUUGGUUAAUAGUGAUAUCUUGAAAGACUACUGCUCCCUUGUCUUAUUACUGAUGCACUGAAAUUACUAUUGCCCCAUUGGCUUAUUACUGAUGCACUGAAAUUACUACUGCUCCAUUGUCUUAUUACUGAUGUACUAAAAUUACUACUGCUCCACUGGCUUAUUACUGAUGUACUGAAAUUACUACUGCUCCAUUGGCUUAUCAGUGAUCUUUCUGCUUGGAGGUUUUAGCUAAACAAGUCAAGGUUACCUAGACAGCACACUGAACAUGUUCAGGGAGUUAAAAAAUGUGCAGUGGCUCAACACAGAUGCUACUAAAGGUCUUGACUGAGUACACCAGGUCGGCAGACCUCCAGGACUGGAACUGGCCACCCCUAGUUUAGAGACCCCAAGACAUUCCUGGAGCUGCUCUGUCACACCUGGUUUCAAGUCAUCAGUUAAUUACCAGGCUCAGUAGUUGUGUUUGAGCAAAGAAAUCAGCAAACCAUGUUUGUCUCUGGCCCAGGACCUUGCUGAGUUCUCUAGAUCAGUGUCUGAAAACUGCAGUCCUGGAGGGCAGCUACACUGUACCAUUCAUUGUUUAGUAUCCAACACAUUAAAUACAUGUCUGUUGAUGCGUUCACAUGUUAAUGCUGCAAGCACUAAACUGUGGAGUGCUGUGACCCUCGCAAAUCUGAAUUUGAGUAUUCAGUUGUAGAUUAUGACUCAGCACUAAUAAUGUCAUAUGUCAAAAUAUAUGUCAUAUUGUAUCCGGUCCAAAAGAUACAAAGUUCUUUCUUUUGAUCUGUGCAGUGAUUUGCGAGCUUGAAAAAUCGCAUUGUCAUUUCAUCAUCGUCUGAUGAGCGUGCCAUCCUACCGACAUGUGUAGCCCUGGUAAACAAGCAGCUUUGCACAGACAUGUGCGAUGACAUUCUCCACCACCUACCGCACACAGCUGACACUACUGUACUCAUCUUUAGCACCAUUACAACCCUU